AUGGGUAUCCCAGGACUUAUCAAUACCAUAGGGCCAGGAGAGCGUAUCUCACUGGCCAAGCUGGCAGUCACACAUCUGGAACGAACAGCAAGGCCGAUCCGCAUCGCUGUCGAUAUUUCCAUUUGGCUCUUCCAGGUCCAAGCAGGCCGGGGCGGAAGAAAUCCAGAGCUUCGCACUUUAUUCUUCCGUCUGCUCAAGUUACUUGCGUUGCCUGUGCAUCCACUUUUUGUCUAUGAUGGGCCACACAAACCAGCCUUCAAAAGAGGCAAGGCCGUGUCCGCACGCAGUUACGGCAGCGCGCCAAUCAUCAGACGAUCCAAAGAUCUGCUUGAGCGCUUCAGAUUUCCUUGGCACGAGGCGCCGGGUGAGGCAGAGGCCGAAUGCGCUCACCUUCAACAGGCAGGCAUUGUAGAUGCUGUCAUGAGCAACGAUGUCGAUGCCUUGAUGUUCGGUUCAUCCAUGACAAUCAUGAAUUUUUCGAAAGAGAGUGGAAGUGGCUCAACGUCUGCCUCCCACGUUACCUGCUACGCAAUGGGCCAGGACGGACACCCGUCGAACAUACCUCUUGAUCGACCGGGUAUGAUCUUGUUUGCUAUGCUUAGUGGAGGAGACUAUUUACCUUCUGGCAUCGACAAAUGUGGCCCUACCGUUGCUUCAGAGAUAGCUAUGGCUGGAUUUGGUGAAGAUCUUCUGAAAGAAAUUGCAACCCAAUCAGAUAACAAGAAGGGAUUGGACGAUUGGAGAGCACGGCUUCAAUAUGAGUUGGAUGAAAACCUGAGUGGUUAUUUCAAGUCAAAGCAUCCAUCUAUCAGAGUCCCGAAAGAGUUUCCCGAUCAAACGAUUCUCGAGCACUAUGCCCGGCCAAAGGUUUCCGGGGAUGAAGACAUGGAAUUUCUCAGAAACCGUCUCCGACAGGCCUGGGACCAAGACAUUGAUCCCCUGGCAAUUCGCUCGUACGCCGCGCAACACUUCGAUUGGAACUAUCGCAAUGGGGCGACAAGAGUGACCAAGCUGUUGGCUGAACCUCUGAUGUCAUACAGGCUACGCCUACAGAGGCCAACUGCAGGUGUUUCUCCCGAUUUUUCCUUUGUGCCCGGUGGCCCUCAAACUUGCCAGAAGGUGUACAAAAGCCGCACGAGCUUCAGCACGGAUGCAAUGUCAGAACUUCAACUCGACAUGCUACCGGUGGACAUCGUUGGGUUGGAUCUUCUUGCUGAGGAACUACCUCCGCCUGCAAACGCAGGAAGUAUGUCUCAAGGAAGUGUCAAUGAGGAUGCAGAAGACGAAGACUUCGAUGCGGGCGCUACAACUGCCCCCCAAACACCAUCAAAGUCGCGAGUAACCAAAAAAUGGGACCCUUUCUCAGUGCAGAAAGUAUGGAUCUUCGAGACCGUUGCGAGACUCGGCAUUCCCGAUAUUGUGAUUAAAUGGGAGAAAGAGCAGGCCGCAAAACAAGCCGAGCAGGCCGAGAAGGCCCGGGCAGCUGCCGCCAAGAAGACUGGCACUCGCCGAAAAGGACCCAAGAAGAAGGGGCCAAUUGAUGGUGGAAUGAAACAGGGAAGCAUAUUGAAAUAUGGAACUCUAACAAAGGAACGGUCUGAGCUGUCGAAUUCUGGAAAGGCGCAUUUACUGGAAGCUGCUACUCCACGAACAUCAACCAAGAAUAAUCCCCUCUCCCGGCUUGUGACAGGGUCCGGCUCCUCUUCGCCAAUCAUACUGGACCAAGAGGAUGGCACAUAUGGCCCAAGCAUGUAUGCUCAGCAGGGCGCUUCCCCAACAAUGAGAUACUUUUCUCAGCAGGUGGACGAUCUUCUUGAAAGCUUCAAUACGAUGUGCAAUCUAUCUCCUGCUUCAAGCGCCAAGAAUCGCCCCAUCGCAGACCAGCCUCUCCGGGCAUCAAGACGAGGAGUCGUGGGGGCUAGUGGCAUAGAGUUUGAAGAGUCAGAGAGACCAAGUCUGGUUGUCGAUGAUCUUCAGGUCCGAUCAGCAGGGCCCCAAGGGCUGAGAAUCAGUCACUCGACCGCAGAAUUGCCAUUGGACGAGCCACUGGACUCAAGCGUAUUGACUCCGCCCUCUCCCUCAAAAAAGUCCCGUCCCAAGUCAAGCAAGAUCAUCAAGUCGCAGCUGCAGGACGGGAGCGAUGAGGUUCAUGAGAUUGAAAGAGCAAUUGAGUCUCUUUCAUUAUCAGUGAAACCCGAUCUCAGUCAUGAUGACAUCGCCCCUGUCCGGCGAGUGCGCGAAAGCUCACCUCAAAAGACAAAGCGGGAAAGGAAACCAGCCAGUCGUUCCUCCAAAGUCGAGGUCAUGGAGCCAUCCAAUACUUCCAGAAAACCAAAGUCCGCGCCUCAUACUAUGCCGGAUUCAAUGAUUUCUAUCUCUGACAAGGGUCGUGCAUCAAACGAACAUGCGCUACCAUCAAGUACCACAACUUGCAGGAAGAGCAACAGUCAGAAAGUGGACAGUGCCUCAAAGACAACGAAAGUCAAAUCCGCAAUCACAACCCCAGAGCAUGAGACCAAAGGACAUUUGGAAAACAUCACAAUCCAUGACGGUUUCUGGUCGAUUGAUUCAUCGCCGUCUGAGGAUCUCGCUGGGCCACACACCCAAAACACAAGGCGCAGACCAGGCCAAGGAGAUAAGAAAAAGCGAAUUUCACGAGUCAGCAUUAUUGAUCUUGUUUGA